AUGUCGAAAACACUUCAGAUCGCGUCUCCCGCGCAGUUCAGCGCGCUUCUAAAGUCCUCAAGAAUAGUUGUGACGGACUUCUAUGCAGAUUGGUGUGGACCAUGCAAAGCGAUCGCCCCAAUAUAUGAGCAGCUCUCUGCGCAACUGUCGCGCCCGAAUCAGAUUUCUUUUACGAAAGUCAACGUAGACACACAGAAGGAAAUCGCCUCGAAAUAUGCUGUUACCGCCAUGCCGACAUUCAUGAUCUUCAAGCAAGGAGAGGUUAUGGAGAAAGUACAGGGGGCAGACCCAAGGAAACUCCAAGAUGUUGUGCGAAAGCUUGCUGCUGAGGCCGAUCCUCAUUCGAGCUCAAGCGGUUUCGGCGGCUCCAGCAGUAGCAGCGGAUGGCGCGUUGGAGAACUGCCAAGGGGAUAUCAUGAUGUAACGGAUCAGAUUGAUGUUAAGGGCUUGGAGCUUCUGAAUGCGGAUAUCGAGUUUGGAGGUGUCCGAGGUUUGUUUGAGGACAGUAAGCCUUCAGGAUUGUUGAAGGGCAAGGCAGCAGAGAAGCCUGCGAAGGACUGGGUAGAGAGUGAUACAGAUGAGCAGUUGAUGUUAUUCUUGCCAUUCCAGUCUACUCUCAAGGUCCAUACUCUGCAGAUUACUUCCCUACCUCCGUCAGCCGAAGACGACGAAGAAGUUCCUAUGCGGCCAAAGACCAUCCAAAUAUAUCCAAACCGUCCACACAUUCUUGGUUUUGAGGAAGCAGAUGAUGUCCCUGCAGCACAAAGUCUCACCAUCGCACCAGAAGACUGGGACUCGACUGGCACCGCAACACUUUCCCUCCGGUUCGUCAAGUUCCAGAAUGUCACAAGCCUGGUACUUUUUGUUGUAGAUGGCAACGGAGAGGGCGAGCGGGUUAGAUUGGAUAGAGUGAGGAUCAUUGGUGAGACUGGUGAGAAACGGGACCAGGGAAAACUUGAGAAGGUUGACCACGAUCAUUAG